CUUCCUCUCUUUUUUACAGGAUACGGUCUUAAGUGCUACAAGUGUACCUCAGCGAAGAGUUGGGAUGACUGCGACAAAAACAAGGAAGAGAUGAGUUGUACUUCCGGUUUCGACAGCUGUGGUAAAAUUUACUUCGAUGGAAAAGUGGCAGGCACAGGAGUGGAAGGUUAUGGCAAAACAUGCGCCAUCAAAUCGAGCUGUAACAAGGAUGCGUGUAAGGCAAUGCAAGCAGGAAUAACAAUCGACAAGUGUGAAGUCAACUGCUGCCAGGGAGACCUGUGCAAUGGAGCUAAAGUACCAUUGGUCAGCGCCUUUUUGAUCUUGGCAUGCGCUCUUCUCGCUUUUUUUCGUUAAAAACUGUUAAGUGCAAAGUUUUCAGUUUUAUAACCUGCGUGUUAUAGCACGAAAAGUAGUUUUUUUAGUUAUGCCUUGUUCGUAAGCUUGAUUUUCCUCAUAUUAUGAUCUCUUGAGGACCCAAUUUGAAGGGUAACAAAGAAAAUUGUAACAUUUUCAAGAAGUUUAAAAAGUAGAUUUCAAAUUGCACUUGUUAGUCUAAAGUUUUCAAUGGGCCCUUUUUGUUGCGUUUUCUUAUUAAAGUUUGUUUUUAAAGAGCCAUCUUGUCAUUAUGAGCGUUACCGAACUUUAGGAAAUAGAUGCCGUUCAACUCGCAUCACAGGCCAAUACACGUCUGCCGAUAAGUCAUCACCAGCGAGUCCAGAUUCAAUGCAAUUCAAUACAAUUUUCGCGGAGUUAUUGACUAACCAAAGAACCAAGUCAGGUUUCUUUUAGCUCUGUUGUAAACUAGGCCUGUAUUGAAACGAUUAGAUGUACCUCCAUAACGGUUAACCCUAUUAAGACCAGAGGGGUGAUGGGUCUUCACACUGGCUAUAAACUUGAUUAGGAGAAAGAAAAGACGGGUAGGUGAGAACCCUGGCAACGAGGGUUGAGGUGGAGGGUGCUGGUAGGGGCUAUUUUAAUUCAUGAAAAGAGUGCUUGAAUUAAGAUACCAGAUGCAAAACACUGAGGAGCAGCGCCUAAAUACUUUGUGUAGAGAUUCGGUGCUUCCUUACUGUUCUGGUUCAAUUCGUUGAUUGGUCUACAAUUUUCAACACAUUCCAUUCUUUAUGAAGAAAAUGUCGCACAAGAUUAAUAGAGCUUUUCCUCUUUUUUAUAAGGAUAGUUUUUGUAACACAAAAUUGCCGCGUGGAAGUCUUGCUGGACCUGUUUCUUCCUAAACACUGUACGAUCACUCCCGCGCGCGCCACAUAAAAUGUGGCGGGCAUUUAGGAGGUUUCGGCGCAGACGUGUCCGAGACAGAAAUAAGUGAAUUAAAAGAAAAAAAUCGAACUCUAUGCUUACCUCCAGGGAGUUUUACAAUUGAGCAAGUCGUAAUAAAAACCAGAAGUAAUGUGUCGCACGGUAAAACUACUGAGCUAAGGCUAAAUUGGCCUCGCUUUUGAACCAAUAUGAUGAAGGAAUUCGGCCUCCUGAUGAGAUGUUGUAUACAAGUAGAAGAAUGGGCUCCCGAUACAAGUGCAAUUUAACGCAGAACUCACGUGUCAGGUAAUGGAUUUUCCUUGAAUCGCAUAAUUGAAUGAAAAUAAGAAAAAAGUUGGUUUUAUCCUGGGCGCACGCUCCAGAAAGCCAUUUCAAAGUCAACUGUCAGAACCGUUAUUGUGUUAGCGAACAGGAAGCAAGGCCAGUCGUACACGUUUGAACCUUCGACAACUUUAUUUGUACCUUGCGCUUCUUUUUGCAUUUAAUUGUUUUCAAACUUUUUAAACAAGCUUCACACUAAUCUUCAGGAUAAAUAUAGUGCUCAUUUCACUGAAUUUACGAGCCGUUUAUCUAUAACAUCUUUUUUCAAAUCUCCAAAUCAUUUGCUCGAAAAGGAAAAUAAUUUUACACCUUUUACCUCUUCGGUGGCAAAUACGAAAGAAUUGAAGUGUCCAAGCGAAAGCACUGAAAGUCAUCGAAAGUCAUCGCAAUUUUUGCAGUUGCCGGUGUUACAAUGUGACCAUAGUUGUUACGUAUAUGUAGAUGCGAAACGAUUAUCACUUACUCUCGUCUUCAACUCGCAAUUCCACGCAAAAUACCUCGCUUCUUCAGGAGCCUAUCAUGGCUCCGUUAACCAAUCAGAAUGCGAGAUUUUAUGCAAUUAUGCGAUUCUAACUAUAUUAAUUGAAACAAACAUCUGAGCAGUGUAGCGACAACUAUAAAUCGCACUGAAUCAUGAUGUAGCAUUUAAACGCCGGCAACCAGCAAAAUAGUAGAAGAAAGUUCAAAGAUAAUAGCAAUUUGACCGCUAUUAAAACUGAUGAGGUCACAAGCGGACCGAGAAGGCCUGGGAAAACGCCGUACCGGCACUAGGCAACGAAGGGCCUGUUUUUCAACCCAAGAAAUAUUGAACAUGGCACGUAACGCUGAAUAUGCCGCCCGUGGGUCAAUGGCUGGGUCACUCCGCUUUGUCUUUUUUUUACAUGUGAUAAAGCCCCACUCUCGUGUUGAAAGCGUGGCAUACAGGCUUGUUCACAUCGAUCACUUGUCUGCUACACAGUCGCUUUUCAAAAAGAUUAACGUUGCGUGACGACACUAAAAACGGCUGUGUGUCGAUCACGUGAAUUGUGCCUUCAAAAUAUGUGAACAAUAGAAUUGACAAACAUUUGUCCCAGCUUUGAACUCCUGCUUCGUGUGUUAACUGAGGAAGACCAGUUAAAUGAAAAAUGAAGGCAAUCAGCUUCGUGUUUGCCUUAAUUCUUUGUAUUUCGCUUGGUAAGUACAGUAUAGUGUCGGAUGAGCCGGUAGGAUGCAUUGUGAGAGGUUUAAGAAAAGUGGAAAACGUAAAAUACAUGUAGAUUUAGACUGGCCCAAAUUUUACAGAUGCCGCUUCGGCCAGAGUCUGUUUUUGCGGGUCACAUCUCAUUUUCUUAACUUUACUGUGGUAUAAAUUGUGUUUUAUAAUUCAUCUUGAUUGCAAUCACGGUGCUAUGGAAGCAGCCUGUGAACAGGCUCUCUGUUUGGUGAAAUGAUCGCGAGGAGAGGUAUUUUUUCAUCGCAUAUCCUUUCCCCAAACAGAAAGCCUGUUCACAGGCUACUAUAUGGGUGGCAAGUAAGUCUCUUGUUUUUAUUUUUUUUUAUUGUUUUUAUUUUAUUUUAUUUUUAUAUUGAGCAUAUAAUGCUUUUGUGUCUUCCAAUUUGCAUGUUAACAACUUAGAUCGCUAUUUUUGUUACUGGAAGUAACUUCAAUUCUGCCGUCCGGAUCGUCAGUAGUUUUCCUGUUUCGCUUCGUCGCCCGCCAUUUUUGCAUCACUUCUAAAAAAAGGUUCUUAUGCAUUCCCUCUCACUUGGUCGUGCUAAUAUCUCUUUUCGUUUCACCUUUGUCCGCCGGAAUUUUAUUGACCAGACAAAACGAAAAUUGAGCCUUUACCAUUUACUUAAAAAAAUUGAAUUGACAUUUAAACUGCAAAGGACCGCAAACUCCCGGGGGGGGGGGGGGCACUUGGGUUUUUUUUGGGGGGGUAUGUGCCGCCCGGGAUUCCAAAUUGGCGCCCCGUUCUAGAAAAAAAUUCCCCUAUAAUUGAUACCCCGUUCUAGAAAUAGGCCAAUUUUUUAUACCCCGUUCUAGAAUUCGCCCUAAAACUAACACCCCGUUCUAGAAAUGGGCCAAUUUUUUAUACUCCGUUCUAGGGUGCAACAAGAGUACAACGGUUUGCUUGUUAACGCACUGAACCGUAUUUUUAAAAGCAAUCUGUCCUUGAAUGCUUUCAAAUGGCUGCUUACAAAAGUGGAGAGCUUUCAUGCGUUCGAAAUAUUAUACCCCGUUCUAGAAACCGCGUCUGAAAUGGAUACCCCGUUCUAAACCAGGAGCUUCAAAAUCACGACCCCUUUGGGCGGCACAUACCCGUAUAGGUAAUGUAUGGGAGUACCCCCACCGGGCGCAAACUAGACAAUGGAUUCUGCAAAGCUGAUCGUACAUAAGAAUGGCGAAACAGCGCUCUAUGGCUACAAUCCCGCUCUGUUUUAAGUUCUUUCGGUGUGGUGUUGAUGUCUUGCAAAGUUAAUUUUCACGUAGUACGAUCAGCUUUGCAGAAUUCAAUGUGUCUACUUUUUUCUAAGAAACCAAAGCAAGAAUUCAAGGUCGAUCAAGGGCAGGGACAUGUAGCCAGUCACACGAUUUAUUUUGUUUAUUUGUUUGGUUUUUAAUUAUUAAUAUUGUUUCAUAUAUAUUUAUAUAUAUUCUUUUAAUCACGGAUCUAUUACUGUGAACCUUUUAGACUGGACUUCGACUGAGUUCGCGUUUGGUCGUCACGGUGCGGUUUUAAAGAAUCGCAUGCUACCUUCAAAGGGGCUGUGUCACGGCAGUCCACUUCACUUUGUAUAAUUUUGCCAAUUACUCGCCCUCAGUCGCUAUGGAACUAGUGAAAGUAGGCAAAGAAAUUACAUGAUGUAAUUGACAAAAUCAGAGAUUAGAGACAAACAGAUAUGUUCCCUGAGCAUUAUUUUUGAAGCUGCAAACAGCAGAGAUAAACUUUAAAAAACUGUUAGGCUGAACAGUUUUCAAAAACCCUAAUUUCAAUCCGUUUCAGUCUUCUUCAGUUUUGCCCAUCCGUGGCAGCUGUUGUAUCUGUUGCGUUAUUUUAACCUUCCUUUAACGUUUUAAGCGGUUAUUUUUAUGUUUUUUUUAAUUUAACGAGCAUUUUGCAAUAAUCUAAUUUGGCUGAAUUUCCUGACACAGCCCCUUUAAGUCCCAAGCGUGACCAAAAUCAAUUUUCUCCAAACAAUAUCAAUACACAAUCAAACGAAAAGAUUGCGAGAAGUAAUAAAAAAUUAUCACUUAAGGGAAGUGCUUUGAUCGUUCAUCAAAUUCUCUCAACUUAUUCUUUAAGGACAUGUCAGUAAAAUCUGAAACAUGGGGGAUAAAAUUACUGGUGAAGACAAGUUAGGUUAAUAAUUUGGUUCGAAUUAUCGGGAAUUUCAAAAAGCCAUCCGAAUGUUAGAGAAAUCGAGAUUCUUCUUUACUAAAGGGACUUUUUACAUGGAGGGAGGAAAAUCCUACUGAGAAGUCAAAUCAUCCUAGGGCCUUAUGUUUUACAUGCAAAGGGCAGUACUUGUCCCUACAGCCAGGAUCAAGGGACAAAAGACCGUGGGUCUGUCAGUGGGUCAACACUUAUUUCCAUCCGCCAAACUGACGUUGACACAUUAAUGAUUCGUACACAAAGUAGGGUUAGGGUUAGGGUUUAGGUUAGGGUUAGGGUUAGGGUUAGGGUUAGGGUUAUAUAUUUAACUCAAACUGGCAUUUGUCACCAAAUCCUCGAUGGUGUGGGGGUUAGAGUGAUGCACUCCAGAUCGGAUGCUCCGAGUUCGAACCCUACUCAUUGUAUCCUAAAUUGUUUUUUUUCCCUUAAAAAUUGAAGACACUUUGACUUUUAUGAACAUUUCAUCAAGAAAUUUCAUAUAAGACAAGUGAAAUGUCUUGUGAGAGGAGGAUGUCAGUUUGGUAGAUGGAAUCAAGUGACGACCCUGUCAGUGGCUAAUCACGGCAAUAAAGGCCCGCCAUUUUCUUUGGCGUUACCUUGAGCUGAUUAUUGUAAUAAUUCCUCUGAAAAGUAGUUACUAACUCCGGCAAAGAGAGAAGAAGGGUCCAAAUUGCAUUUUUGUUUUUGUCGCCCGCUUUUUUAAUUCCUUCGGGAUCCUUCUCUUCUUCGGCCCUGCACGGACUGUAACGAAAAGUUGUUCUGCCUUCUAAGAUCUUCCUCGUGCAAGGAUCUUCCUCCCUCCAUGUAAUCAUAAACAGCCACUAAGGUUUUGGACUGAGUAGUAACGUCUGUUCUUUCCGGUUUUCAAGGAUACUGCCAUGACCAUAAGAGUUGUUACUACUGUAGGUCUAAGAAUGGCUGGGAUGACUGCUCAUCAAGAAUGGAAGAAAUAGCUUGUUCUGCUGAACAGGAUGCCUGUGCAAAGCUUUAUUUUGAGGGGAAACUGAAUUACACGGAUAUUAAAGGUUAUGUCAAGGAUUGUAGCGUCAAAUCGUCAUGUAACCAAGAUCUAUGCAAAACACUCAAACCAUCAGGAGCAACGUUUAACAAGUGUGAAGUCCAUUGCUGCGAAGGUGACUUGUGCAAUGCAGCUACAGUAACAUUGGUCAGCGCCUUCCUGCUUUUUGCAUGCGUUUUUUUAGCUUUUUUCCGUUAAGUUCUCCACAACCUAGUGUUAAGGUCAAGUUUUAAGUUUUGUAAACGAGGUAGGUUUCAGGAUGCAACUAGUGUUGCGGGGUGGAACAUUUGUCUAUAUUUGCGUUUUCAAGGGAAUUCAGAGUCCAAGUUUCCAUCAUUAAUAAAAAUAGGGGAAAAUCAAAGCUUAAUACAAGACUGACUUUGAAAGAUAGAGAGAUGGUUUGUUAGUAGUCAACCCGUCCGCAUAACAAUCCACGAAUGAAUUAACGGCUUUUAAUGGACCAAAUUCCAUUGAAAAGAGUCCAAACUUCACGAUGUCCUUUAGAGGAAAGUACAAAGGAUGAUCUAAGCUCACAUUGAUGGCAACAUGGUGUCUAAGUCCAUGGAACGUUUGAACCCUCAGAAUUCCCAGGCCCAGGUAUGACUCGGACAUUGAUGAGGUGAAACAUGUUGUCGAGUCAAGUUCCACAAUUCAAUCACUUCCGUCCUCGUUGCACGCGGCUUCACUGCUCGCUCCUCUGAUGCGUGCUUUCAAUCUACUGUGGCUCAAAAGAAAAAUAAGGGCCUGUUUACAUGGGGGUGGGGAACCCCAUGUAGGUGAGAUAACCCACUUCAAAAUGAAAGAAUACUUAAAGUUCACAUGAUAAUUUGAACUGCGAAAUUUAAGAACUAGUUCGAUGCUCAGUGUGCGUAAAUCGAGUAAUGGUGCACGCGGGAAGUUCCCAGCAGUCUUAAUUAACUCCCCACGUGUACUAGUGUACGUGUAAGUACACACAACAUGAACCAAUUCUUUCAUAACAAAGUUUGACAAAAACGUUUGUCUAUUGAUUAACAGGAAAAAUCUCUUAACGUUAAGGCCCAGAAAAGCAAACGCUUUCAUUGGCUGGUGACAAACGCACCACCAUCGCUUAGUUUGAAAGAAAAUAGUUCUUCUCCAACUGACAAUGAUUUUUUUUUAAUUUUUCCGACAUAGAACAACCUCUACCCGGUUGUUGAUGGUGGUAAAAGGGUUUAAAAGCCGACAUAAAGUUAAUUUAAAAAUUUAAAAUGUUUAUAAAAAGGCCUGGAGCCUGGUUUGCAUUCGUUAAAUUGCUACUGUUUUGCUCGGCAAAAUCCAAGUAACUUGGCGUUUAGCGAAAACGACUAUCACGACUUUUUUAUACGUUUAAUUUGUUCAUGAAAACAAUGAUGUACUCGUCACAAUGAUGUACUCGCCACAAGCUAGGCUACUUUAGAGAACCUCGCUGUAGUUCUUUUUGUGAGUAAUGAAUUGAUGUCUUGUUUUUGCUGCUGUGUAAUUUGUCUCUUCAGAUUGUUCGGUUAUUCGGAAUGUCCAUAAUUUUUCUCAACAUCUUUAUGAUUCACUUGUUUUCAGAACGAUAAACAAACGAAAAAAAGUGGAAAUUUCACCGCUGAACUAACUGAGUUCCCCAACAAAGAUCAAUCGGUGAGCAUUAUUUCCAAAUCAUAAUCAGUAUUUCUGCCAGAAUUGUCUACAACUUGGGUCCUGGUAUUUUUGGUAACCAAAUAACACAAUAGGUCUUAGCACCCUAGCUAUGUUACAAAAAGAUUCUAACAGGGAACGAUCCUCGCACUUACGUGUAAUCAACUUAAUAAGCUACGUUAAAACGGCAGCGAAAACGUAAAACUUAUUUUGCAAAAAUACCGAAAAACGAGUUGAAAAGCAAAGUCGCGUGUUUUACCAGUCAACUGCAAUUUGCGUGAAUCAUGACUUUUGAUUGGACAAAAUUACGCGGCAGACAAGCCAUACACGGAAGUCUCGUCACUUGCUGCAAAACAAGUUUGCCCUGGGCUGGUAAAACGAGCAACAUGAACAGAUUUUGUUGCAAAAAGUAGAACAACUCUUACUUUCAGUAUUAAACAACCUUUCGCUACCUGGGACAACCUGAUUUGCUUUGAUUCGUGGGUGGUAAAACGCCCAGCAUAGCUAUUUAACUCGUUUUGUGGCAAUGUUACAAUUUUGUUUCCCGCUUUAAAGUAUUUUUAAGCGGCUGCGAAUUUUCACUACCAAAAUGUUACAUAAACAGUGUAAAUCGUAUGAUUGGAAAUGUUAUUUAUCCCAUUAGCUAUUUAACUAAUUAAUAAGUCACGUGACCCUUUUCCCUAUAUUUACCAAUUCCUAUAAAACGUAAACACACAUACAAGGCGAAUUUUUCAGAACCUUCUUAAUAACCUCUAAAAUGUACCAAAAAAAACUUGUUGCUCUUUCCGCAUUAUCCUUUCCGCGUUUUAGAGUGAAUAUUUUUAUUUAAUUCUCAAUUAUCAGUCACGUGACGAAAAUUUGAGCUUCUAAAAUGUCUCAUAUUACUUAGGCCAUUAAACUACAUUUUAGUUCAAUUUUCAGGAUCAUUGAUAAAAGCAAACCGUUCUAAAUAGCAUUUUAUCAAAAUAUGCAUAUUUAAUUAGAUAGUCAUGCCUUAAGGGGCCUGAGUCAGUGGCCCCUCCAGACCUUCAGAUAAGAGGGGGGGCCCGGUCAUCCAGACCAUGAGAUAAGGGGUGCCGAGCCCCCCGGGCCCCUCCCCUGCAUCCGCCACUGUGACUUGUACACACUUGCCUAAAAACUCGUGUGUAUACUGAGAAAAAUUAGGUUAGCCAGGAUGUUUCUUCUAGCGCGUGAACCGAUAACUAGCCACCUUACAAAUAGAGCAGGGGCCUUCGCCAUUUGAUUUGCACGUCUCUCAUGAUGCACCUUGUUUGCAAACAAUCUUUUUUCAUGUCAUUUGAUGAACGCUGUAAUGGCAAAAAUAGCUUCCACUCUCAUUUGAUGAAUAUGUCAGAAUAUUUUAACCUACCUGACUUUAGUCCUGAUUUAUUAGAUACUGCUCUUCGUGGUAAAAAGCUACGUAAGUUCAAUGAAACAGGAGCAUUCUCAAAAACGUGAAUUUUAUAGAUCUUUUAAAAACAAGGGUAAAACAUGCUUACCUCCAUCGAUGUUAAGUUCAUCUUCGAUAGUGCACGUUUAGGGUUGUUCAGCUCCGCAAAUAUUCUCUGAAUAGCAGAUGCCGCCCUUCGAGUUGUCUUCAUGCUGUUCUUGCCAUGUUUUUAGCUAUUAUUUCGCCUAGUUCUUACUCUUAAAACGAUUACAAUGUCCGCCAUUUUUGUUUUCACAAGCAAAACAACUCAACCGCAGGUCUAGGUAGAUACAACUAAACUACAAAAGAUAAUAGGCAUUGCCCUCUUUGUGGAUCCAAUCUAGUACAAGACGAAGUUCACUUCCUUUUUCGUUGUCCUACAUACUCUAUGAUUAGGAAUGAUUUUUACAAUAAAGUUUAUUCCAAAUAUUACCCAGAUACGAUAACUGAUGAACUCCCCUUGACUAAUUACUUUAGCAAUAUACAAUUCGUGAGACCUAUUUCAGCUUGCUUUGAUCCAAAAGUUAUUUAAUUGCCCUAUGGUGUAAUUUUAGUUCUUCUUCUUAAAAUAGCUUUAAAAAAUUUGCAAUGCUGUGUGUACUUGUAUGGUUAUGCAAAUAAAGCUUGUAGUUAUUGUUGUUGAUAUUGCCUCCCAAAAUUUUGCAUAAGCAAUUUCUCUUCGGAAGACUGUAAUACUCAGAAGAAAUUUAGUAAAAACAAAGGUUAUAUCAAAUUUUCGGAGGCAAACAAGGUAUAUUAUGGGAGAUGUGCAAAUAGUAGACUGCAAAACAGUCCGUAUUUUUGCGUAUUCAAGUAAGCGCGAGCAGUCAAACAAAAGGUCUGGAACGAGGCUGAAAACGGAGAGUGAGACUGGGGAGAGACAGUUUUUUUUCUCUCGCGCGCGUAAGACUCGUACGCCACGCUUUAACGAUUUCUUUACUGAUUUUGAGAAAAAAACCGACUGUUUUGCAGUCUAUGCAAAUAGCGAAUUGAUUGUAGCAAAAACAGCAGACAAUUGUCCGUGUAUGACGUCUGUAAAACCUAGACCAAUCAAAACUUAGGAAAGAUGGUUUGAAUUAUUUUGUAUUUUAUCUUUCAAAUUGACUGGCAAGCCAUCAAAGAUUCUAGUUGAAGCGGUGUGGUCGUGCACGAAUCUCAGUUUGUGAAGUUGUGAAAUUAUACUUUUGUGGUAAAAAGUCUCUUCAAAGCUUGACAGCAUGGUAAAUGUUUUGAUGAUUCAGUUUGCCCUUUUACUAUCCUUCUCAUUUGGUAAGUCAGAACCUAAAAUGAAAUAUAUUCAUUUGAAUUGAUUUUAUGCCAGGACAUCUUUAUCUGUAACCCUAUGUUGAUCUUUUAAGCCAAAUCAUUAAACUACAGUUUGUACCCGCAUAUUUCCGAUAGAAACGUUUAAUACACAUAUGGGAAUGAAAGGGGGCACUUAGGCUUCUUUAGAAACUAUGGUGCUGAUUGCUAAGCGAGUUAACCACAACAAUUGUCUUGUAUCAAGUUAAUUGAUUAAGUAAAAAGCUGUAUAAAGUUGCUAUAAAUCGUAACUGAUUGUGAGUGAGUCAAACUGAGCUGACCGGUUAAGAACACUGCGUUGGCCAGAGCGAACUUAAGGAAAUCAAGUGAUUCUGGGUUACAUCCUGUAAUGGCCGUUGGACUUUCAAGGUUGUAACUGAACUCGUUUAUUUUAAGUUGUUAUUCAUUACUGGAAAGAAAAAAAAAGAAGAGUGACGGUAUGAUAGUCUGUAACGCAUUUGGCCUCAACUAAUGGGGUACUCUGUUUGAAUUGUUUGUAAAAUUUAUAGCCAUGUCCAUUAAGUUUAAUUACCUUUAGCAAGUGUUUGCUCAUUUUAAGUUUCAUUGAGUGUGUACGAUGUAGUCAGGUAUCACGUUAACUUCCCCAGCCCUUAUGUUUCUGGAGGUGAGAUUAGCUUCACAAAGUUAUUAAUAUGGACUAGAAAAUUAUCAUUUCAUUCGAAAAAGAGAGGCCGAAAACGACUGAUAUGCCAUAAGUUCAUUCGAGUUCAUCAGUUAUAAAAAUAGAUUGCAAAACAGUCGUUUUUUUCCUUUCCUUUUUUAACUAUCGUUCCAGACUUUUCGUUUGGCUGUACAUAAGUUCGCUCGCUCGCCGAUUCCUGAUCUACGCAAAAAUAUGUUCUGUUUUUUUAAUUUAGCAAUAGCAGUCUGUAUUUUAAAAAAAAACUACAGUCAACUCCCUUUAUAGCGCAGACACUGUAGGGACCUCGAGUUAGUGUCGUCAUUAGCGUGAGUCCGUAAUAGCGGAAGUUUAUGUCAGUCAACAAAUGUCUGUAAUUUACUUUUUCCUGAGAUUUAGCUGCUGUCCGUAUUAUCGGAGUGUCUGUUAUAGCGGGAUGGUCGCAAGGCGAGAGCUGACUGUAAUUUACAUUGCUCUUCAACACAUUCUGGCCUGUCCACUUAAAGUUUUUUAAGGAUUAAUGAUUCACCUUUUUUUCAGGCUUACUUCCCUCUGCACGGACGAACUGUAAAACAUUUAUUUGGAUUUUAUCGAUGAAAAUAUUUUUUUGUGAUCCAGUUGUUCGUGUCUUGAUUGAUGCUUGUAAUAAUAAUGAUAAUUUAUUCAUUUAUAGUGCGCUUUUUAACAUGCUAGGUGAUCAAAAGCGCAUUACAACAAUAAAUAACCUAAAAACUAUUAAUACAAAUAUUAGAAAUAUACAAAUAUAUUUAAUAUCUAAGAGAUAUUAAAAGCUAAUUUAAAAAGAUAAGUCUUAAGAUUAGAUUUAAAAGUAGAAAUACAUUUGAUGCUGCGGAGGCUAACAGGAAGAGCGUUCCAUAAAGUGGGCGCAGCCACACUGAAGGAUCUGUCACCAAAUGACUUUUUCACUUGUCAAUGAGCAUCGUAAUUUACGGAAAAGCGGCUUGGUCCAAAAAGAUAAAAUCAAAUAUUAAGGAAGCUAAGGGAAAAACCCCUAUGUGUUGGUUAUCGAAGAUUACUAAGAUUUCUUUAUCGUUUAUGAUUUUCAAAAACUGAGAUAACUCAUUGUGAAACACAUGCAACAUCUGCAUAGAUUCAGGCCUCGUCCAAAUGUAUUGCCCUAUUUCAAGAGGUUACUACAAAAAUUACAAAUUACUUGAGUCAUCAAAGGGGAAAUAUGCACAGUGACCAAAGAAGCUUAGGCUUUCGAGUUGGACACUGCCACGUGCAACUAACUGGCGUAGACAUUCUACCAAGGCGUUGUCCAGACUUUGUGAAAUUUUGAAUACAACAUAUUUUAAAAUUCAAACUUUGUUUUGCAGGUCAUGGCCUAGAGUGCUUCAAAUGCGUUUCAAGUAAGAGUUGGGAUGACUGUGAUUCUAACAAACAGGUGAUGACCUGUCCUUCCAGUUACGAUGUCUGUGGGAAAAUCUCUUAUGAGGAAAAAUCGAAAGGUGUGCCCUCAAAGUUCUUUGUUGAAGCAUGUUGGGCUUACUCAAAAUGCAACAGAGAAGUUUGUAGGAAAGAAGCAUCGAAAAGCGUGACGAUCGAUAAGCGUCACGUCACUUGCUGCAAAAGUGAUCUGUGUAAUGGAGCCAAAGUACCAAUGGUCAGCGCCCUCCUGCUGUUGGCAUGCGCUCUUGCCGCGUUUUUCUGUUAG